GAGCAAAUAAAACAGAUAAGGAACAACCGUUUAGUCAAGAACAGAUUAAAGACAAUAUUAUGAAACUGGUUAGACAAAUGAAACCUACGCUUCUGUUAAGUGUUGAAAAUAAGUGUAAAGAAUUUAAAGAAUCUGAAAAUAAAAUUUUAUUCAUCGUAUCUGAAAUCUUUAACACUAUGAAAGACGUUUGGAAUAAUUCAGCUCUUAACUUUGAAGUGGCUGGAGCCAUAUUGGAAAGAGAAAGUAUUGCUAGUGCAGAUAGAAAAGGAGAUGGUCAAGUGGGAAAACGUCCAGAUAUCAUGUUCAUGGUGAAACAUUUGGAUGCGUUCUUCGAAAUUAUGUAUGUCGAAUGCUCAAGAUUGGUUUGUACACCUCAAAAAAAGGUGAAUGAUGAUAUUAAGUUAUGGAGUGAAUGUAAUGAUGGGAUGUAUUAUACACGAAAAACUCUUCAUCCAGAUAAAGAUCAAUUUGGAAUUGUUGGGAUACAAAUAGCAGAAGAUACUUUAUAUCUAAAUGUUCUUAUUAGGGAUAAACUGAAUAUUGAUAGAUAUUAUAAGAUAGAAUUGGCAAAAAUCCUUGUGCAAAAAUCAGAUGAAACUAUUGUAAUUAAAUUUGUAGAAACCCUUCUCAUUUUAUGUAACAUAAUAAUUACAAAUUUGUCUUUAUUAUAUCAUGCGUAA